GCGUCAAAUGAGACUAAUUUCAUCAAAAUCGCAAUGAGAUCUGAUCACAAUAUGGAAUCUGAUAAUACAAGUCCAUCUGUCGAGACACAAAUCCAGAAGACAUUAAUUUCCAUCUAUGGCGUUAGUCUGAAAAUAAAGAAAGAGCUGGAGGUGAUCAAGGAACUUACGAAGGAAAACGGACACCUGCGUACAAUAGUUAAUGCUGCGAAUCAAACAUUGUCCGAGAAAGUUCAAAAAAUGGGAGUGAACGUGGUAAACAUUAUCCAUGAGAGCAAGCAUAAUAACAGAAUUCGGGAAAUCCAGAUUCGAAACACGCCUGAGGUGGGUGGAUAGAUAUGGAUGCGCACGCGCGCGCGUGUGUGUGUAUAAUUAACAUCGAUUUAUUUAAGCACUUAGAUUCAGCUCAGACCGUAUAAAAAUGUCAUUCUUCGGUUGUGUAUUCACAUUACAGUCUCAAAAGACGCUUCUAAUAUCUAUAAUUAUGCUAACCCAUCAUUACUUGCGUGGACUGUUCAGAAUAUCCCACCCUUGUAAAUUCGCUAAAUGUAUAUGGACGCUAUAACUUAUACACAUUAUUAUAUUUAGCGCAAAUUGUUUUACAAUAAAAAAAUUUGUAUUUAUC